AUUUUGUUGCAGGAUGCUAUAAGGCAGCGCUUCACUUCCCAGCAGGAAACAGUGUGUGCUUCUCCUUGGCGAUAGAGCUGCUCCGAUAACAGUUUUACUUCUGUCAUCCAUGUGCAGACUGGAUCAUCCCUAAUCUGAAAUCUCAUCAGGUCAGGAUCACCUGGAGUCAUCUUCAAGACACCUGUUAUAAAUCAAGAUCAAUGCAUACAAGUUGCCAUAAAGAGUCCACCCCACCAUGUCUGUCCACAAACACGCAAGACUGGCAAUGUCCGGUCUGCCUGCAGACACCCAGAUUUCCCGUCCAGACCAACUGCGGCCACUUAUUCUGUGCUCCUUGUCUGCUGACCUACUGGAAACAUGGAUCGUGGUUAGACGCCAUCAACUGUCCGCUCUGCAGACAGAAGGUCAGCGUGCUUCGUAACCUGUUUUAUGAGAGCCAAUCCGACCAGCAGUCAAAACAAGUUCUGGCAGAAAUCACAGACUACAACAGACGUUACUCUGGAGCUCCACGAAAGAUGAAGGACUACCUAUGCGACGUCCCCCUCAUUCUGCAGCUGCUUGCCCGAGGCAUGGGCACCAUGGGAGGACUCGUGGGGCUGUUUCUGUUCAGGGUGGCCCUGUGCUGCGUGGGGACUGUGGUGUCCAUCUCGGUCCCGCUCGAGGACCACGUGACUCCGUCGUCCAGUUCGCUGGAAACAGAUCCCUCCCUCUGCGGACUGCUAGGCGUCCUGGACGAUGUGGUGGUGGUCUUCCUGCUGCUCGUCUGCGUCAUCAAUGUCAACCAGCAAAUUGUACCUGAUGGAGGACACUCUGCUGAAGUGACAGCCUGACAGGAUGCUGUCAGGAUAAAGUCCUGGAAACUAACUCAUGUUGGUGCAUUGAAGCUGCUCAGACUGGACUCCAGGACUUCUUGUCAAGUGUUUACAGGAGUUAUGCAAACAUGAUCAAUGUGACGAGUGCUGGCUCAGCCGUGGUUAUAGAUCGGGAAGUUCCUCAGCUGAUGCCUGUUAGCAUAAAGUGAAUGUAUUUUUGUCUCAUCUCUAUACUGCAAUAAUCAGGAAUUUUAAGUUAAGACAACUGUGGUAUUGUGAUGCUGACAUUCUUGUAAAUAUGUGAUAUAGUUUUUAUGGUUGAAAUAAAUAUUUAUAGUAAAGUCU